GGCUGGACGGUGCUGGUGGCGGCGGCGGUUGCGGCGCACGCCUGCCUGGCUCCCUUCACCAAGGUGGAGGAGAGCUUCAACCUGCAGGCCACCCACGACCUGCUGUACCACGGCCUCAACCUGACCGCCUACGAUCACCUGGAGUUCCCGGGAGUGGUGCCCCGCACCUUUCUGGGCCCGCUGGCGAUGGCCUGCGGCGCGGCGCCGGCGGUGCUGCUGCUGCGCGUGCUGGGCGCACCCAAGCUGGCCAGCCUGCUGGCGGUGCGGCUGGUGCUGGGCCUGGCCACGGUGGGCAGCCUGGCCCUGGUGCAGCGCACCAUCCGGCGGCAGCUGGGAGGCGCCACCGCCGCCGCCUUCAUGCUGCUGACCGCGCUGCAGUUCCACCUGCCCUUCUACCUCUCGCGCACCCUGCCCAACGUGCUGGCCAUGCCGCUGACCAACGCGGGCCUGGCCUGCUGGCUGGCAGGCGGCGACUCGCCCGCACCCAUCUACCUGCUCACGGCAGCCGCGGUGGUGUUCCGGUGCGACAUGAUCCUGCUGGUGGGCCUGGUGGGCCUGCACCUGCUGGCCACGCGCCGCACCAGCCUGGCGCGCGGCGCGGCCCACGGCGCCGCCGCCGUCGCCGCCAGCCUGGCCGCCUCCCUGCUGGCAGACUCCUUCUUCUGGCGCCGCUGGCUGUGGCCGGAGGGCGAGGUGCUGCACUUCAACACCGUGCUCAACAAGAGCCACGAGUGGGGCGUGAUGCCGGCGCACUGGUACUUCACGUCGGCGCUGCCACGCGCUUUGCACGCUGCCUACGCUCUGGCCCCGCUGGGCGCGCUGCUGGAGCGCCGCGUGCGCCCGCCCCUGGCAGUUGGCCUGGCCUUUGUGCUGCUCUACUCAAAUCUGGGCCACAAGGAGGUGCGCUUCCUGUUCCCGGUGCUGCCGCUGUGGAACCUGGCGGCAGCGGCGGCGGUGCAGCGGGCGUGGGUGGGCCGCGGCAAGUCGGCGGCGCGCCGCCUGCUGCUGCUGGUGGUGGGCGGCGCGCUGGCGGCGGGCCUGGCGCUGACGCUGGUCACGGCGGCGGCCAGCCGGCACAACUACCCGGGGGGUGCGGCGCUGAGGCAGCUGCACAGCCUGGCGGCGGCAGACGCGGCGGCGGCGGCGGCGCAGGGGCGGCAGCUGCGCGUGCACGUCGGCGUGGUGCCGGCCAUGAUGGGAGUGUCGCGGUUCGGGGAGGUGGGGGAGCCCUGGUCCUACUGCAAGGAGGAGGGGCUGGACCCAGGCCAGCUGGCAAAGCGGCGGUACGACUUCCUGCUGACCGACCAGCCGGCCGUGCAGGGCUACGCCCAGCUGGCCGCCGCCCACGGCUUCCGCCGCCUGAGCCUGCGCGUGCGCAGCCCCGCGGCCGCGCUG